AUGGACUACAGUAGAUUCUACCGCAGAUACGAUGGCAAGGCGAGCAACAAGUUGUCAGCCUUUCGUGGACGGGAGCUGAGAGGAAAAGAUCUCGACUGUGGCGAUUUCCGAGGUCAUGUUGUUCUGAAGAAGGUGGACGAGGAGAAGACCACGGAGCUUUUCGACUGCGUCAAGUAUGUCACCAAUGGUCCAGUAGUUGAGAAAAUCACAAUUUGGAAUCACGAUGAGGUCCCUCUGCGAUCGGAUGAGGCACCACAAUGCUUCGCCUUGGCUCGAGCGAUGGACGCCUUUGGUCGGCUAGCAGUAGCCACCACUGCAUCAGAGGUCGACAACGAGCUGUCGAGGUCCUCAUGA